AUGGCCAAUCCAACUAGACGACACGAAUGCAAUGUUUGUCACAAAUCAUUCGCCUUCCAUUCAUUUCUCAAAAGUCAUGAAGUAGUUCACACUGGAGAAAGACCGUUCGAAUGUGACGUCUGUGGCUCCACAUACCGUUUCAUUUCAAGUUUAAACAAACAUCUAAGGAAACAUGAAAAAAAUUCUAAAAAAUCGAAAAGCACUCGCAACACGCGAAAAAAUUUGGGUCGCAAGAGCAGAAAGUCGGCGAAAGCUGUUAAGAAUAAGAAUCGGACUGCUUCAACACCAAAAACGAAGAUAAAACAACCGAAAGAAGCGCCAAAGAGAUAUCGGCAAGAAGAAGACGAUUUGGAAGCGAUGGAUGAUGACAGCCACCGUUCCGAUCAACAACAAGAAAUCGAUUCGGAAUCGGUGAUCUCUUCGAACCGAGAUACUGGAAAUAACGGAAAUGGCGAUGAAGCAAUUGAUCUAUUUGAAUCGGAUGAAGAUGAAACUGAAGAAAAGCCGCGUCUGAUGCUUGCUGCGCAGUCCAAAAGCAGUAAAAUCAAUACUCCGCUUGUAAAAUCGACGCCUUUCCCCAUCAAAAUCGAGCAAAAAGUUCCAAUCGUUCAAGAAGUUGGUGAUUUGAUGCCUCUUAUGGACCUGUCGACAUCUGCAUUCCCUCCAUUAGCUUCACAACAAGGAGUUUUCGACAUGGAUAUGGAGUCUGAAAUUGGAAAUAUUUCGAAUAUUUCACCGAUCAAUACACCGCAAUUUAGCUUCGAUGAGGACUCUCGUCAGAUCUCCCAUCAAAUAAUGCGAGUCGCUGCCAACUCAACGAAAGAUCGUCAAGACUGUUUCAGACAACUGUUGUUCGCAACGGUGUUUGCAUUUGAGAGCUCUCCGACAUGCACCAACGUUGAAGAAUUCUUCCGAAUGAUGGGCGAACGAUACGCGAAGAAGUGA